AAUAGUUCGAUUUGAGGUUCGAUUUCCUGUAAAUACGCUCGAUUUGAGGUUCCAUUAUAAUUAAAUUUCAAACAUCUAGUCAUACAACUAGAUCAAUCGAAUUUUAAUUUUUGUUCGGUGCGUUCCGAAAGGAACGGUUCAUAUUGAUAUACCAAAAUGGAAUUGCGCCCGUGAAAAACGUUAAUAUCGAUGUGAUUAACAAUGAUGUCACCGUCCUCUAAUACAAUUGAAGAUGUCCCUAGUGUUGAGCUACAAGUGCGUGAAAAUGCAUUUAAUAGACGAACACCUUCGCUAUUGUAAACAAUGGACAUAUUGAUAUUGAAAUAUUUCUAAGCUAUUUCUAUUUCAUAUAUAUCGCUCGGAACUUACGAAAAAUAUUGAAAAUUUGAUUAACGUGAAGUCAAUGACUGUAUUCGUAGCAGAGUUUGAAAAAAAAAUUGUAAACACAGAUGAAAAUAAUGAUUCUUACGAUGAUGAUGAUACUGGCGGUAAUCAUAGUCAUGAGUUAACAGAGAAAGAGACUAUAUAUCUCCCAACGCAAACACGGAAGCUUGAUUUAAACGUAGACCUACACGAACAUUUUCGAAAACAAAUCGUUCAAGAAAUAGUGGAAAGUGCAGAACAAGUUUCAUUCCGCGGUUCCGGAUUUACGCUCGCCCGCAUAAUCGAGUUGAAUGUUCACGUUAACUUAUACAACCCAUUACAAGGUUCAUCGUAUAUUCAAAGUCCUAAAAAACUAUGAUAUAAAAAUGCAGUUAUCAACGUACAAAAUCAACUUGACGAAAUGUGCUUCAAAUGGGCUAUUUUAUCUGCUUUACACCCGGUAACUGAUCAUCCAGAGCGAGUUCGUCAUUAUUAUCAAUAUGAGAACGAAUUGAAUUUUGAUGGAAUCGAUUUUCCCGUUCGCUUGAACCAAAUCGACAAAUUUGUUCGACAAAACAACAAUAUAUCGAUAAAUUUAUACUAUUACGAUGAUGAAAAUGAGGGUCGCAUAUGUCCAUUACGUGUGAGUAAUGAAGUUAAGCAGCAUCAUAUUCAUUUGCUGCUAAUCAAAAACAGAGAUAGUGUUAAUAAAACAGCUAGCACUUCCAACAUGAUUAAGGAGAUCUGCGAUAAUGAUUCCAUUCGUACUCAUUACUGCUGGAUAAAAAAUUUAAGCCGUCUAGUCAGAAGUCAGCUGAAUAAACAUAAAUCUCGAAAAUACAUUUGCGAUCGCAUAUAUUUUAUGAUACAAAUGAAAAAUUAUUGAAACAUACUGCAAAAUGUACAAACGAGUGUAGCAUUGAAAUGCCCGAUCAAACAUGGAAAUGGAUGAAAUUUGAUAACUAUAAACAUCAGCUGAUAGCACCAUUUGUUGUAUACGCUGAUACUGAAGCGUAUCUGAAGGAGCUCAGUAUGGAAGAUCAGAAACGUAUAUUUAGUGAGGAAUGUGCAACUACCGCAUAUCAGCAGCAUCAUAUGUACAGCGUUGAAUAUUACUUUAAAUGUGAAUUUGACGACUCAUUUUCAUAUUACCGAGGCAGCGGCAAUCGUACCGAUUGCGUCGAAUGGUUCAUCGCAGAAUUGAAGGAAAUUGCUCAUGGAGUUGCAAGGUUAUUUGAUAAAAACAUACCAAUGCUACCGCUAACUGAAGAUGAGAGAUAUGCAUUCCACGAUCCAAAUGCAUUAUGUACAAUUUGUGGUGAUAUUUUUGAAGCAAAUGAUAUUAGAGUACAUGAUCACUGUCAUCUCACCGGUCGAUAUAGAGGUCCAGCCCAUCAAGCAUUCAACUUACAGUUCCAAGAUAGCCACGUUGUACCCGUUAUUAUGCACAAUUUGUCGGGUUACGACUCGCAUUUAUUCAUAAAAGAGUUGGCAGCAAAUAAUAUUAUAAAUGGAGAUGUCUCAAUUAUUCCAGCUAAUGCGGAACAAUACAUCGCUUUCACGAAAGUAGUGACAGGGAGCACACGCGGGCUCAAUACGAGAGAAAACGUAAAAUUUAAAUUCAUUGAUUCAUGUAGAUUCAUGCCUGCAUCUCUAGCUGAAUUAGCAUCACUACUACCAGCAGAUAAAAAACAAAUAACGUAUAAUGAAAGUGAGAAAAAUGGCUACACACCAGAACAAAUCGCUAUGCUUGAACGUAAAGGCGUUUUUCCUUAUGAAUAUGUGAGCGGUAUGGAGCAGCUGAAGGGGACAAAUCUACCAUUAAAAGCAGAUUUUUACAGCAAACUUAGUGGAGAAGGAAUAUCGGAUGGCGAUUAUCAAUUUGAUCACGAUAUCUGGCGGAAAUUCAAUUGUAAAACGCUCGGAGACUAUUCUGAACUAUAUCUAAAGACGGAUGUGCUACUGUUGGCCGACGUAUUUGAAACUUUUCGAAAUACAUGCCAUACAAUUUACAGUUUGGAUCCGGCAAACUACUAUAUAGCUUCAGGUCUUUCGUGGGAUGCCAUGCUCAAAUAUACCGGAGUGAGAAUUGAACUGUUAUCUGAUGUGGAAAUGUUACUGUUCAUCGAACGUGGAAUUCGCGGUGGCAUAAGUCAGUGCAGUAAACGUCAAGUCAAAGCCAACAAUAAAUACAUGGGAGAUGUAUACAAUGAGAAACGUCAAAUUAUUUAAUGUAUUUAGAUGAAUCUAAUUUUGUUUUUUUUAUCAUCCACAAAUAAUCUGUACGGACACGCAAUGUCGCAACCAUUACCGCUGAGAGAUUUUAAAUGGAUUGAUGACAACAUUGUAAAGGCAUCUUUUUCGAAUGCAUAUAAAAUAGCUAAAUUAGCUGACGAUUCGGAAUAUGGCUACAUAUUCGAGGUUGAUCUACAAUAUCCAAAAAAUUUACAUGCUACACAUAAUGAUUUUCCAUUUUGUGCUGAAAAGCGAACGCUUCCGCGUGAAGCGAUCGAUAUUAUCGGUAUAAAACCAAAUAAAAUCGAUAAAUUACUGUUAACACUAUACGAUAAAGAAAAUUAUAUCAUUCAUUAUCGCAUGCUCAAAUUAGCAUUACAACACGGUCUAGUAUUGAGAAAAGUACAUCGAGUACUUCAAUUCGAACAAAGUUGCUGGCUAAAGCCCUACGUCGAUAUUAACACACAGCUACGUACGCAAGCUACCAACGACUUUGAAAAAUCAUUUUUUAAUUAUAUGAAAUAUACGUGCAAAAUGCUACGCUGUACUACCGUUUACAACUAAAACGGAAAAAUGUGCAUGUCCAGAAAGAGCUGUCGCACCUCGCGUUAUAACAGAAAGUGAAUAUGUUGACUGCAUCGAAAAGAAUUGUAACAUCGAUAAAAAAUCUAAAGUUAUUAAAAAGUCUAAAGGUAUCAAAAAGAAUAUAGUGAAACGUAAAAUUGGAUUUAGCGAUUAUGUUGACUGUAUCGAGAAAAAUUGUAAUAUUUUACGUGAACAGCAUAACCUUCGCUCGAAAUCACAUCAAAUAUUCACAAUUAAACAGAGAAAAAUUGCCUUAAAUCCGUUCGACGAUAAGCGUUACCUUAUUCGUUCGAAUGGUAUCGAUACACUAGCUUGGGGUCACCAUGAAAUUGGUGAAAUUGAGAAAAAUUAUUGCUGGUGAAAUGUAAAUUUCCAUAUAAUUUUAAGCAAAAAUAGUAAAUAAGGUACAAAAAUGAGACAGUUUUCAUUGAUUUUCAUGAAUGAAAAACAUUUUAGGUAAAUUUACGAAAAUUUCUGUAUAAUUCGAAGCAAAAUCGGUUCCAAAAUCAAAUUUUUUUAUAAAUCCAAUCGAACCUUUCAAAUAGAACUUUCGCAUGAUUACUUUAUAUAUUAUAAU